AUGCUGUUGAUGCCUACUGUAGGUGCAUCAGUGCAUAUUAUUCAGAAAUUCCUUUUUGAGUGUCAAUCGAAAGGAAUUGAUGAAAUAAAGAAGUUUCAUAAACCAUUUUACUUCACAUGGCUAGGAUCACUAUCAAUGUUUCUUGUUUUCGUAUACUUAUUCUUAUCACAUCCAAUUUCUAUGAUUGCUAAGUUUAACAACAAACAAUUUAUCAAGCCUUUUUUAUAUUUAGCGAUUGCAACAUUUUUCAACUUAUCGGCCGGAACACUAAGCAAUGUAUCAUCACUCUACAUCAAUUAUUCUGUUUCCCUCAUGUUAAGAAGCUCAACUUUAAUUUUUGGAGCCUUAAUCACAACAUAUUAUCUCAAAAAGCCUCUUAAACGGAAUCAGAAAUCAGGAGUAUACUUAACGUUGCUUGCAAUUGUCUUCGUUACGAUAUCUGCGAUUUUAAGUGGGAGUAAAUCAACGCAUAAGUCUGCAUCGAGUAAGGUUGUCGCCUUCUUUAUCAUACUCCGUAUUCUUUCUAAGUCAUUGCAAGCCAUAUCAAUGAUAAUCGAAGAAAAAGUUAUGAAAUCCGUCGGAAUUACGCCAUCAGAGCUCGCAGGAUUAAACGGUAUCUGGUCUUUACUAUUUUCUUCCUUCCUUUUACCGCUAGAAAACUGCAAAGAUACUUGGAAAAUGAUAAUUAACAGUUCAAGUGUGGUUUGGCUAUCUAUUUUAUCUGUUUUAGUGUUCGGAAUAUGGACAAUCCUUGGUCUUCAGAUAACCAGUAAGGCUUCUGCUGUCUCUCGAAUGGUUUUUGACCAAUUAACAAUUAUUUUUGUUUGGAUUGUCCAAUUAUCGAUUUAUUGGAGUGUCGUGAACACGAAAUAUGAAGAGAAAUACCUCAAAACAGGUGAAGCGUGGACUCCUUAUUCGUUUAUUCAACUUUUUGGAUUCGGAAUUAUGGUUUACGGCGCUUGUGUUUACCAGAACAUUGGUGUUGCACCUUGUAUGAAGGAAGAUGUAACUAAACCUGGAGAAAGCUUACUUGAGUCAGAUGAUAACAUUGCAAUAAAUGUCGAAGAAGAUCCUGAGUUGAAGGUUUAA